GCUUGGUUUUGCCACUCCCCUUAAAUAUGUAUAGCGGCUAGAGAAGCAGUAUGAGUGCAAUCAUAAUAUGAUAGGAUAUGUCAAGACAAUUUCGGGGCAUUCUUUCAGCCAAUAAAUGCCCGAAACGUUGAUUUUGGUGUGAAACCCAAGCCUCAAACUCAAAUACAGUGCGGCGAGGAUCGAGUCGUGGGGUGGCAUCCUCUCUCUCCGUCCUCACUUUCCUGAAAAAGCAGCUCCUUCCUUGUAGUCGGUGGAGAUGAGAAGAAUAACGGGAAUGGCAAGGGAAGAAACUUUGAUCGAAAUGAAGAGCGAAAUGGAUUCGCAGAUUGGAGAGGAAUGUAAUGGCCACAGUCAUAAUAACUCUAUAGAGGACGGAGGAACACAGCUACCUGGACACACAGAGACGGACAGACUACAACAGAACAAAGACACCGUGUUCUUCAGGGACGGGGUUCGCAGGAUUGACUUCAUACUGUCGUACCUCGAUGACAAGGAUGGAGAGAAGAAGCAGGAGAGGAGGAGGGAGUUUGAGGCCAACCUUAAGAAGGCUGGACUGGAGCUUGAGACUGAGGACAAAUCGGACUCAGAUGAUCUGAAAACGUACUUCCUGAAGAUCCACGCCCCGUGGGAGGUGUUGGCCACCUACGCUGACGUGCUGAAGAUCAAGGUUCCCUUUAAGGAAAGCGACAUCCCCCACGGACAGGACGUUCCACUGGAGUGGCUCUCCCGACCGUUCCGCCUGCCAGAGAAGGUGAUGCGCCCACAGCCUGACUACUUCACCUCUCCAUUUGAUAAGGACAAGAUAGACUUCUUCCUCAUCAAAAACCAAGACACCUUCUUCCCCCCCUCCACACGCAACAGAAUAGUGUACUACAUCCUGUCUCGCUGUCCGUACCAUAAAGAGGACCGCAAGGAGACAGACAAGAAAGGUAUCAAGCGGUUGCUGAACAACGGGACCUACACCUCAGCCUUCCCACUUCAUGAUUGUCGAUACUGGGAGAGGAACACAAAUGAGCAGUGUGAGAGCGAACGCUACCACCUCUAUAAGAAUUGGGCUAGGUUCCUCUGUUUCUACAAGGAGCAGCCCCUCAACCUCAUCAGGAAGUAUUAUGGGGAGAAGAUUGGGAUCUACUUUGCCUGGCUGGGCUUCUACACAGAGAUGUUGUUCUUUGCUGCGGUCAUGGGGGUCAUAUGUUUUACCUAUGGUGUGCUAAGCUACGAUGAUAAUUUAACAAGUAAGGAGAUCUGUGACCCCAGCAUUGGAGGGAGUACUGUGAUGUGUCCGCUGUGUGAUAAGAAGUGUAGUUACUGGAAGCUCAACUCCACGUGCCUCUCAUCCUGGCAAUCCCAUCUGUUUGAUAACGAGGGGACAGUAUUCUUUGCCAUGUUUAUGGGGAUCUGGGUGACUCUGUUCCUGGAGUUCUGGAAGCGGCGCCAGGCCCAGUUGGAGUAUGAGUGGGACCUGGUGGAUUUCGAGGAGGAGCAGCAGCAGCUCCAGAUCCGCCCGGAGUUUGAGACCAAGUGCACUGACCAGAGACUCAACCGGAUCACCCAGGAAAUGGAGCCAUACCUACCCCUCCCCAAAAAGUGUGGUCGCUUUUGCCUCUCCGGUGUUACUGUUCUGUUCUGGAUGCUUCUGAUUGUGGCCUGUAUCACUGGGGUGAUAGUCUACAGGCUGGCUGUGUAUGCAGCCUUCGCCAGCAUCAUGAAGGACAGCCCCACUAAGAAGAUCCAUCUGGUGGGCUCUCUCAUCACCCCGCAGCUCGCUACCUCUGUCACCGCCUCCUUUAUCAACUUUGUCAUCAUUAUGAUCCUUAACUUCUUCUAUGAGCGAGUGGCCAUCUGGAUCACUGAUAUGGAAAUCCCCAAGACACAUCUGGAGUAUGAAAACAAGUUGACAAUGAAGAUGUUCCUCUUCCAGUUUGUCAAUUACUAUUCUUCAUGUUUCUACGUGGCCUUCUUCAAGGGGAAGUUUGUGGGUUACCCAGGCAACUACACGUACAUGUUUGGCAAAUACAGCAGGCUGAGGAACGAGGAGUGUGACCCAGGAGGCUGUUUGAUUGAGCUGACCACCCAGCUGGUGAUCGUCAUGACAGGGAAGCAGGUGUGUGGGAACAUCCAGGAGGCCCUACUACCGCUGCUGAGGAACUGGUGGUGCAGCAGGAAGGCCCGGAAAGACCAGUACAGCCGCUGGGAGCAGGACCACGACCUGCAGAACUUCAGCCAGCUGGGCCUGUUCUAUGAGUACCUGGAGAUGGUAAUCCAGUUUGGCUUCAUCACUCUGUUUGUGGCCUCUUUCCCCCUGGCCCCCCUACUGGCCCUCUGUAACAACAUCCUGGAGGUCAGAGUGGACGCCUGGAAGUUCACCACCCAGUUCCGCCGGCCUGUGGCGGCCAAGGCCCACAACAUCGGAGCAUGGCAGGAGAUCCUCAAUGUGGUGGCCAUCUUGUCCGUUGUCACCAAUGCAUUCAUCAUGGCCUUUACUUCAGACAUGAUCCCCCGCCUGGUCUACCUGUAUGCCUACCACCCUGGCUCUGAAGCCACCAUGAGUGGCUACAUCAACAACAGCCUGUCAGUGUAUGACAUCUCCCAGAUCCCUCUCCUCAGUAUGCCCGAGGAGGGGGCGAUUCCUGCCUGGUUCAACAGCUCCUUCAUCACCACCUGCAGGUACCGUGACUACCGCUACCCUCCAGGCCACCAGAGGCAGUACUCCCACACUAUGCAGUUCUGGCACAUCCUGGCAGCCAAACUGGCCUUCAUCAUUAUCAUGGAGCACGUGGUGUUUGUGGUGAAGUUCUUUGUGGCCUGGCUGAUCCCGGAUGUGCCAUCCGAGGUGAAGGCUCGGAUCAAACGGGAACGUUACCUCAUCCAGGAAUACCUGCACAACUACGAGGUUGAGAAGCUCAAGAUCCAGCUGAGUCAGAGUUUUAUCAUUGAACCCAAACCUGGGGUCUGCACUGCCACCGACAUGCAUGGCGUGUUAUCAGAGUGCCUGUAGGCCCCCAAUCAGUAACUCACACCCACCAAGCUAACCUAACUGGGAGGGUGUUGCUGUGAAGUCUCCUCCACUGAUGGCAAACAGAAGUACAGUAAAGGGCUUCUGUCAGUGGUUGCAAUCCUAUCAACUGUUUCUCUUUGUUUUGUUGUUUGUUCAUUUUCUAAUGAGCAGCUAGCAGAUUUCAACCUUUUCGCCUAUAUUAGGACUUUCAUUGGAGGCAGGGACGGAUUAAUUUGAUCGAUGGCCACAUCUCGUCACCUUUUCUCAGCGUCCAAUGCUGUUGCAAUGCAAGCUCCUAUUGUUCAGCUUGCUUCAUAUCUUCUGUGCAAUGAGGUUUCUUGCAACUGUUUCAGUCAUUCAGUGCCAGUGUUGAUCGUGAUGGGAUAUUAUGGAAUCCUACAAAAGUAUGUGCCAACUUGUUAAAUACUAUUGGGAUUCAUGAUAUUGUACCAGACAAUGUACAGCUUAUUGAAAAAAAUGUAAUCUAAUGCUCACCUUAUCUACAAUGUCAUAAUAUGUUACUAACAUAUCCAGCAAAGACUGCCAAAGAUAUCCCAUGGCUUUUAUCGGCAGCUAUCUAAUGAAUUACCUUUAAAGUCAUAUGCGUGUUUGAUAGAAUGUAACAUAUAAAAUCUAAUUUAUUUGCCUUCAAAUGUUGGCAUGUUAUCUGCUUCAAUUUGGCUGUAACUGGGCUACAUUAAAUGUGAUGUGUUUUCCUUUGAUUAAUGUCAUGUAUUUGAAAUAUUUUCAUGGGAGUCAAUGUAAAAACUGUCAAUUAAAGGACCAAUGCAACCGUC